GGUUUCACUUCCCCCAGUACCAGUACUCAGUACUCAUCAGCAGCAGCAGAGAUGAGCGUCUACAGCGACGCCUCCGAGGACCUGACAGACGAGCUGGAGACGCUGGGGUGGUACCACUACGACUUGUCCCGCCACGCCGCCGAGGCGCUGCUUCUGUCCAACGGCUCUGAUGGAAGUUACUUACUGAGGAACAGCAACGAAGGCCCGGGCUGCUUCGCCCUGUCCGUCAGGGCGAAGGACUCGGUGAAACACUUCCACGUGAACCGCAGAGAAAACACCUACGUGUUCGGGUUCAACGAGUUCCCGACGCUCCACGACUUCGUCCACCACUUCGCCAACCAGCCCCUGCUGGGCAGCGACGCAGGAACCCUGCUGGUUCUGAAGAACCCGUACCCCUGGAGAGUGGAGGAACCGUCCAUCUACGAGUCUGUCCGGGUCCACACGGCCGUGCAGACGGGCCGGACGGAGACGGACCUGGUGGCCAACGCUCCUUCGCUCGGCACCAAGGAGGGUUACCUGGUGAAGCAGGGAGCGUUUGUGAAGAACUGGAAACAGAGAUGGUUCACGCUCAACCGGAACGAGCUCAAGUACUUCAAGGACAAGACGGGGGCCGAGCCCAUCCGGACCCUGGACCUCAGCGCCUGCUCGGCGGUUCAGUUCGACUACUCCCAGGACCGGGUCAACUGCUUCUGCCUGGUGUUUCCUGAAAGGACCUUCUACUUCUGCGCCAAAUCAGGGGUGGAGGCCGACGAGUGGAUCCGGAUCCUGAGGUGGAAACUGUCCCAGAUGAGGAAGGGUCGAUGACGUCGUCCCUCCAGACCCGUCGACUCCGCCCCCAUGAUGAUGUCAGAGGAGGAGGCGGAGCCUCUCAGGACUUUUUAUUCCCACAAAACUCCCGUUUGUUACUUUAAGAGCAUCUUUAUGAACGUGUUGUAGUCAGAGAUGUGCAGAACCGCCGGGUCAGAACCGCUUGUAAAUACUAAUUAUUUCUAGCGCUACCGCUAACAGGAGCUAACUAGUCCUAAGCCCCGCCCCCAAACCCUGACGAGCCAAUGGCUGUUGAGCAUCAGUUCCUCAGGGAGCAGAACCGGGAACUAUGCAGGUUUAAGAACCGCUGAAGGUCCAGAACUGAGUUUAUGACAGAAAUUAGGUUUAAAUCCAGACAGGGUGGAUGAUAAAGAUUAUAUUUCAUUUUUUAAAUCCAAACACGGAUGUUUUAUUUGGUCUGAGAUGAAUCAAAACACUGAUUUUAACUCUGACGUUCCCAAUAACCAACGAUGAUGCUGGAUGUCGUCACCCGUAACCAUGACAGUCACCUGUAACCAUGACGACAGUAAAACGAGUUUACCUGGAUUACUGACUGGAUCUAGUUUUAGAUUUACUAAAAUCCCUCCAGGAAACGAUUGUUUGUUUGAGUCCAGAUUUUAGUUUUUCUUUACAGUCAGAAACUGUAAACGCUGACAGCGUUAGCAACAGUAACUAAGGGGGCGGGGCUCAGUAAUAUAUACUGAG